AACAACAACAACAACAACCAUCCAACAGUCAAUCAGAGAUCCAUCCAAAAAUAGAGCAGCAGUAGAAGGGAGGAGGGAGAGGAACUGACUAAAAACAAACAAACAAACAAACAGAAAUAUUCUUGCCAAUUUAUCGAAUAAACAAGAAGCCGAGCCAGGAGAGAAACCCCCCCAUAACCCAUAACAUCCACUGCCAUAAGGAGUUUCUCCCCUUCAAUCAGAACGCCAUCCAAGCAAACGAACGGAGACGUCAGCAAUCGCCGCCCCACCCACAUAUAGCAACCUAAACCCCGGAGGACAGCAUGGACAUGGUCGGACAUGUUUGAGCGCUUCCGUUUGAGCAAUUUGAGCAGGAACUUUCGUCUACGCGGAGGCAGCAGCGAACUGGCGCGCGACAAGAAGAACCAACAGCAACGGCAGCAAUGCGUCACAGUCCUGUUCCUAGAUGACAUCACGCACACCUUUCGGCUCGAGAAACGUGCGAAAGGCGCUGAACUAUUGGAUCAGGUCUUUCAAUAUCUCGAAUUAUCCGAAAGGGAUUACUUUGGUCUCUUGUUUCCACAGAAGCCAGGUGACGUUGUGAGAUGGGUGGAUGCCCAGAAGCAGUUCAAGAAGCAAUGCAGCAGCGUCACGCUCGACAACGAUGCCGUUCCAUUAUUAGAGUUUAGAGUUAAGUUCUUUGUAAGCGAUCCCAGCCGCUUGCAGGAGGAGUUUACACGCUACCAGUUCUAUCUGCAGAUCAAGCGAAACAUUCUGCUGGGCAAACUGCCAUGCUCCAGCAACACCCAGUGCCUGCUUGCCAGCUACACAGUGCAAUCCGAGCUGGGCGACUUCAAUGCCGCAGAACAUCAGGCGGGUUAUUUGAAUGGCCUGCAGCUGCUCUCGGAGCAGACACCAGAGGCGGAGCGGAAGGUGAGCGAGCUGCACAAGCUGCAUCGGGGCCAACUGCCAGCGGAUGCCGAGUACAACUAUCUGGAGCAUGGCAAGCGGCUGGAGCUGUACGGGAUUGAUCUGCACAAGGCCACCGAUUCGAGCGGCAAGGAUCUGCAGCUGGGCGUGUCGGCGGUCGGGCUGCUGGUCUUCCAGCAUGCGCUGCGGGUGAACACCUUCUCGUGGAGCAAGAUGGUGAAGGUGUCGUUCAAGCGCAAGGACUUCUUCAUUCAGCUGCGACGCGAGCCCAGCGAGAACUACGACACGCUGCUGGGAUUCGGUAUGAUCAGCCACAAGCACGCCAAGGCCCUGUGGAAGUCGUGCGUGGAGCAUCACAGCUUCUUCCGGCUGAAGCGGCCGCACCGCCUCUCGCGCUUCCUUAACAUCAGCCUCGGCAGCAAGUUCUACUACUCGGGCCGCACGGAGCUCCAGGCGGUGCAGGAGUCGAAGCAGCGCGGCCGCAUUCACAAGGUAUUUGUGCGGUCGCCCAGCAAAAGGCUGCUAGCCGGAGGCGGGGCAGCUGGUGGCACAAGCUCCUCCGGCGGCACUCCACUCAUGCACAGCGGAGGCAGCGGUGGCUCCGAGAGCGCCGCCUCGCAGCACAAUGGCAAACCGUCCGCAUCCACCAUUCUGACCAUCACGAAGACGAGCCGUCCCCAUGACAACAAGGUCACCUCCAAGGAGGCCGACUCCAUGCCGCGCAAGGCCUGGGAGCAGCAGAGCGACGAAUACGACAUUCAACUCGAUGUCGGAUUCAUUGAGCAGUGCAGCCGACGCUUCGAGUCGCCCUCACCCAUGCCGCCCGCCUACAGCUCGGGCCAGCACAGUCCCCUACUGCUGCCCACCACCAUAGCGGAUGCAGUGGGCCAGGGCCAGCCCGACAGUGGCAGCGAUCUGAUCACUAUCCGCCUGCAGGCGGACGACCAGGGUCGCUACGGCUUCAAUGUGAAGGGCGGCGUGGAUCUCAGCCUGCCCGUGCAGGUGUCCAAGGUGGUGCCGCACACGCCCGCGGAUCGUUGUACGCCACGUGUCUGCGAGGGCGACGAGGUGCUCAUGAUUAACGGCCGCGAUGUCCACGGACUGCGGCACGAGCAGGUGGUGUCCAUGAUCCGCGAUUGCCGCUACCAGUCCAACGGCGAGCUCUUGCUCACGGUGCGGCCCCAGCGCUCGGCUCCGCUGCUAAUGGAAGAGGAGCCGCUGUAUCAGUAUGUGCCCGAGAGCGAUGAGAUCGGCUCGCACUCGAACCUGCUCGAUGGCGACGCCCUGUUCACCCAGAGCCUGCUGCUGCUCAGCGACGGCCUCGCCUCUGGCGCCCUGCUCGCCCAGUACGAGCUCAUGUAUCGCAAGAAUCCCGAUCUGGCCAUCACCGAAGCACGCAAGGCGGCCAACGCGGCCAAGAAUCGAUACCGCGACAUAUCGCCAUACGACUGCACGAGAGUGUCGCUGGUGAACUCCCUGACCGGCGACUACAUCAACGCCAACUACGUGAACAUGGAGAUACCGGGAGGAGCGGUCAACCGAUAUAUUGCCACCCAGGGACCGCUGGCCAGCACCACUACGGAUUUCUGGCGCAUGGUGCAGCAGGAGAGCAGCCACCUGCUGGUGAUGCUCACCACAGUGAUGGAGGCGGGGCGCCAGAAGUGCCACCAGUACUGGCCCGUCACCGGCGAGGAGCUGCAGUUGGCCGACGGCUUCUCGGUGCGUUGCGUCAGCGAGAAACCGGACGAGACGGGCAGCUUCGUCUUCCGCGAGUUCGUGCUGAAGGACAAGCACGAACAGCGGCACAUACAUCACAUGCAGUACCUGGCCUGGCCGGAUCACUGCGUUCCCUCCGACCCCAAUCUCUUCCUGGAGUUCACCGAAAGAGUGCGCGCGGCGAGAAACCGCACGCUGCUGCAAGAGAUCGAGGAGAGCCUCAAGCAGGUGCGACUGAUGGACGCAGAUGCCGGCGACGACGAGAACGGGGGUCUGAUGAGGGAGCGCAAGUGUGCGGCCAGCAAUGGAGCCACGCCAGAGGACGAGACGCCCGUCUCCACCAGUGUGCAUCAGUGCAUCAGUGCCGCCAAUCCUCCUGUGAUUGUCCACUGCUCAGCGGGCAUCGGACGCACUGGUGUGCUCAUACUAAUGGACACGGCGCUGGCCCUGAUGGAGUCCCGUGAACCCGUCUAUCCCCUGGACAUUGUGCGCACCAUGCGCGAUCAGCGUGCCUGCAUGGUCCAGAAUGUGAGUCAAUAUCGAUUCGUGUGCGAAUGCAUUUGCGCCGCCUACAUGAAGAUGUCGCGUAGCAGUGCGGCAAUCCACGACGAUGAUGACUAGGAAAGUGCGCACUGCACUGUAUACCCGCAGAGUUGGAGUUGGACAAUCUAUCUAUUUACUCAAUCUACAAUCUUCCGCUUUACAUGCCCCGACUUCUUCUGUACUCUCUACAACACAACCUACACCUAAAUCUAUCUUACCGUUAGUACCCGUAGACAUAUGAUUAAAACUGAUUGUAUAUCAUUAUUAGUACCGACUCGAUCGCGUCUCUAUAUAUUGUAUUAUCCACUCCGUACAUCCGUACAUAAGAUAUUCAAAUCGUAUAUAUAUAUAUAUAUUUAUGCCUCUCUACCACAUGCCGCAAGUGAUGCAUGGAAAACGAUUCUAAAUUUUACAAAGCAACCACAUGAUGGUGAACGAAGUGAA